AUGUCGUCUCCCCCAAAAUGCGCUCCCUCCAAGAAUCUCAACACGGCAUACCCUCAUUUUCCAACAGCUAAGGAAAUGUACGCUCACCUGAGGGAGAUAACGAAGCCAGGGGGCGAGUAUGUUGUCCGUAAUUUUGUUGGUGUCAUUGAAGAUAUUAGCGUGGAGGCAUCAACUGUUGAGACAGAGUUGUUCCCAAAGGGAGCGCUCGAGUACUACACGAAGAAGAACAUGGGGUGGCAAUACAGCCAGGAAGAGUAUGACACCUGGCAACUAGCCGAGAGAGGAGGAGCCCAAGGGGAUUAUCGUGAAGGAAUGCAAGCCAAGAUGAAGAAUUUGAUAGAUUGCCUUCAAACGGAGCCUCUCAGCAAGCGUGGAGUCAUCCCCAUCCCUUACAGCACAGUGGGUAGCCAGACCAUUGACUGGACUGAUCAGGGGCAGAACAAGUGCUGUAGAGAGCUUCAUUUUUACCUUGAGGAUGGAAAGCUCAAGUGCACCGGUAUUGUACGCAUGCAGAAUGCCAACAUCUACGUCAAGAACAUCCACUUUUUUGCCACCCUCAUCGAUCACGUGGCUAAGGAACUGAAUGUCCCCGUGGGUGAAUAUACUCAUUGGAUUACAAACCUUUGUCACGAUCGCAAUGCCACAAGUUGCUAG